UACCAAGUUUUUUUUGUUGUCACUACCAAUAAAAUAUAUAAAAAGAAAAACCAAACCCACAAGACCUUUCUCUUUCUAUCUAUCCCUGUGUUUUUGUUUGUCUGUUGUGCUAUUGAGCUUGUGAUGCAGAGGAAGAGGACCUAAAAGCAAAAGGGCUGCUAAAUCUGGUGGAGGAGGUAGAGAAUCCAUGGAUUCACGGAGGCUAAGCUGGGUUUUAGCUGUGAUUUCAUUGGUCUGUCAUGUUUGUACUGUCAGAGCUGGGGACAUAGUUCACGGUGACGAUACGGCUCCCAAGAAGCCUGGCUGUGCCAACGACUUCGUUCUGGUAAAAAUUCAAACUUGGGUUGAUGGCAUAGAGAACGCUGAAUUUGUUGGUGUGGGUGCUAGGUUUGGCACUACCAUCGUGUCAAAGGAGAAAAAUGCAAACCAAACUCUCCUUAAACUUUCGGACCCUCUAGAUUGUUGUACUACGCCAAAGAAUAAGGUUGCUGGAGAUGUUUUAAUGGUGGAAAGAGGCAACUGCAAAUUCACAACCAAGACAAAUGCUGCAGAAGCUGCUGGUGCUUCAGCUGUACUCAUUAUAAAUAACCAGAAAGAACUUUACAAGAUGGUUUGUGAAAAGGAUGAAACUGAUCUAGAUAUAAAGAUUCCUGCUGUAAUGCUUCCGCAGGAUGCUGGUGUAAGCUUGGAAAAAAUGCUAAAGAAUAGUUCAUCAGUGUCUGUGCAGCUAUACUCUCCACGCCGACCAAUAGUCGACAUAGCAGAAGUAUUUUUGUGGUUGAUGGCGGUCGGUACUAUCUUGUGUGCAUCUUAUUGGUCUGCAUGGAGUGCUAGAGAAGCGGCUAUUGAACAGGACAAGCUACUUAAGGAUGCAGCAGAUGAAAUCCCGAUUGCUGAAGCCAUGGGCAAUACUGGUGUUGUAGACAUUAACACAACAUCUGCUGUCCUGUUUGUUGUUAUUGCUUCAUGUUUCUUGGUUGUACUAUAUGAACUCAUGUCAUACUGGUUCCUUGAGCUUUUGGUGGUUCUUUUCUGCAUUGGUGGUGUAGAGGGUUUGCAAACUUGCUUGGUGGCUUUAUUGUCAAGGUGGUUCAAACGUACUGCAGAAUCAUAUGUUAAAGUACCUUUCUUUGGAGCUGUUUCAUUCCUAACUUUGGCGGUUUCUCCAUUAUGCAUAGCAUUUGCUGUUGUUUGGGCAGUUAAACGAGAUGUCUCCUUCGCCUGGAUAGGUCAAGAUAUACUUGGAAUUGCGCUGAUUAUUACUGUUCUUCAAAUUGUCCAUGUACCCAAUCUCAAGGUGGGUACAGUUCUUCUCAGUUGUGCCUUCUUGUAUGAUAUCUUUUGGGUGUUUAUUUCUACGAAGUUUUUCAGUGAAAGUGUGAUGAUUGUGGUAGCUCGUGGUGAUAAAAGUGGAGAGGAUGGUAUCCCGAUGCUACUAAAGAUCCCACGCAUGUUUGAUCCAUGGGGUGGUUACAGCAUCAUAGGAUUUGGUGACAUCCUUUUACCAGGACUGCUAAUAGCUUUCUCUCUUAGGUAUGAUUGGCUGGCAAAUAAGAGUAUACGAGCUGGAUACUUCUUAUGGGCAAUGAUUGCUUAUGGAUUAGGUCUUCUCAUUACAUAUGUGGCAUUAAACUUGAUGGAUGGACAUGGCCAGCCAGCGCUGCUUUAUAUCGUCCCAUUUACACUUGGGACCUUCCUAACAUUGGGAAGGAAGCGAGGUGAUCUCAAGGUCCUUUGGACUAGAGGAGAACCAGAAAGACCCUGCCCACAUAUCCAUCUUCGACACUGUGAUGAAUCCCAUGAAGAAAAAUAACUUGAUUUUCUAUUAAAUUGUAGUGUAUUGCUGAUCAUUAGGAAUCUGGUAAAUAACCCACCGGCUUAGCAUAACAUAGUGUUGUAUUAUGUUGAACCCCUUUAAAUAAACCAGGGGCUUGUUAUCAAUCAAUUAAGAAUACUAAGCGUUCAACA